GAAAGUGUUAUUCGUUUACGCCGCUUGGGGGAGUUUGUGUAGUCGUUGAAAAUGUUGGUCGGAAUCUGUACCUGUCGAAAAUGAUGAAUUCGGUUUUGCAAAUUAUUAGAACAUUAGUAAUGUUGUAGAUAAAUUAGUAAAACAUGAAGAUAUAAUAGCUAGGUUGUGAUAAAUAUAUUUUAAACGGGGCAGAGAGUGAUUUCAGUGUGUAAAAGUCAUAAGACUUGUGUCAUCUGACUUCUCUUCCUUCAAGAUGGCUCCUCCGCCGGAGUAUGAUAAGGAACCGAAAGCCCCGGAUAAAAGUGCCACAACUAUAUCCUGUGAAGAAACUAAGGCGCUACACAAUCUAGUGAACGACCAGCAAACGAAUUCGGACAAUAAAUCUGCAAGCACGCCCGCAAAUACAGAAGUGGAGAACAACAAACACGUGGAGACGCUGGACGACGGCCAGCUGCGGGCGCUCCUCGAUGAGGCUAUCACCUACAAGUGUCCCAAGGACCGCGAGGGCAAGAGCAGCCUCUUCAAGGAGCUGCUGGAGGAGGUGGAGCAGGACGAGCAGGCGUGCGAGGCGGCGGCGCGAGGCGCGUGCGGCGCGGCGGCGCGGCGGGUGCGCGGCGCGGGGGGCGGCGGGGGCGCGCGGGCGCGGCGCGCGCUGCCGCACAGCAACUCGCUGCAGGACCUGGUGGCGGCGCUGGCGGCCGAGCCCGCGCCGCGCCGCCACCGCGCGCCGCCCGCGCCCGCGCACCCGCCCGUCUCGGCGCGCGCCAUCCACGGCGGCAGCCUGCCCUCCGGCGUCGACACCUCGUUCCUGCUGGGCGAGGAGCCCCCGCGCGCGGGCUACCUGGCCACGGUGCGCUGCGUCAACCCGCCGCCGCUGGCCGAGCGCCGCGUGUCCGCCAGCGACGCCAACGCAGGCACAGACCUCGACACUUACAAUAGGCGGAGCAAGCCAGCGUUCCCGAUGACGUACACGGCGCGCGCGACACUCGAGAUCGGCAGCGGCAGCGUGAGCUCGGGCCGCGCGGUCACCACCACCACCGCCUCCAACCAGGUGGACUCGGCAAUACCGUUCAGUUGCAUCACAAGCCCGGAGGUGGUGGCCAGCUGCAACACGACGUCCUCUAACGCCCAGUCCGCCGUCGCCGUGGAUCCUAAGCCUCGCAGCGUGAUCAACGUGAGCAGUCUCAACGGCCUGCCGCUCUCGCGGCCCAACUACGGCUCCACCGGCUCCACCACACAGGACGAAUUUAAGAAAUCAAUCGACGAAAAUGGCAAUUCAGUACAAGGAUUCAGUUCGCCCCUCUCAGGGUCUAGUCAACAUAAGAAACCCAGGAGGAAAAAGUCUUCCAAAAACGAAACUGUAAUAAAAUCGCACCAGAUCGACGGCUACCAGGGAAACAAAGAUCUCAACGAGGUGCUCCGGUUCAUCGAGUCGAAUGCGGAGACGACGCGCGCGCACAAGCUCGGCCGCGCCAAGCACAAAGACGACGCCGACGACAAGGGCGGCAAGAAGCGCUCCACCGAGCGCCGCAAGGACAAGGAGAGCAAGAUGAAGCGCGCCUCCUCGCUCGAGGAACUGUCGCGGACCACGCUCGAGGACCUCACCGACAAGCCCCCCAAGAAGGAGCGCCGCGGCGACGUCGCGCCCAAGCAGGAGCGGCGCUCGUGGGGCGACGACGCGCGCCCCGCCUUCUACUACGAGCCCGAGGUGGCCGCCGACGCCGACUUCCAGACCGUCACCAAGAAGCGCAAGCCGCGGCGCCGCGCCGACGAGGCCGAGCGCUCGCCCGGCGGCGCGGCGCCCGCCCCCGCGCCGGCGCGGCCGCGGCGCGUGUCGGCGCCGCCCUCGGACCGCAGCAACGACUCCAACGACGACCUGGACUCCGUGCACUCGCUGCCCGCCGACGCGCCGCCGCGGCCGGCGCCGCCCGCGCCCGCCUCGUACGCCGACAUCGCGCGCACGCGCCACAACAUCCCCGACCUCAUCGAGUCGUGCAACUUCUACGCGGAGGGCGAGGCGGGCCGCGCGGCCGAGCCGCCGCCGGCGGCGCCGGGCGACAGCGACGGCUACCCCGCGCUGGAACCGCGCGCGCCCCGCGCCCGCGCGCCGCCCAAGCCGCAGCCGCACGCCGCGCACGCGCCGCCGCGCGCCCGCGACCGCAAGGAGCGCCUGGAGAGCGUCCGCGGCGCGGAGUGCCCGGCGCCCGACGUGGUGGCGGACCGGCGGCCGCCCGUCAUCCUGCUGGACUCCAGCAGUCGCCCCAGAGACAUGGACGGCGUCACCUUCGGCUUCGACAUCAACGAACAGCUGCUUGGCGGGCCAACGCGGCGACCGCGCUGCGAUCUAGUCCGCGACGCGAUCGAGGGCGGCACGGUGACGAUAGUGGAGGCCAACGGGGUGACCCCCGUGGUCACGGCGCUCCCGGGGGUGCCGGGGGUGGGGGUGGUGCCGGCCGUGGCGGGGGUGACGGUGGUGCCGGGGGGGGGGGGGGGGGUGUGCGUGGUGGCGGGCUGUGCGCUGCGCUACGUGGCGCCCGCGCCGCCGCCCGACACGCACCACCUGCAUCAGAUCGUCGACUACGUGGGCGCCGCGUGGGAGGACGUCAUGCGGUGCGGCGGCGGCAAACUGCGGUACUUCAGCGAGUAGCCCGCGGCGGCCGCGCCCUCAGGACUAGUGCACUCGAUGUGGUCGAGGCACCUCGUCACUUAUUUUAGUGGUUAAAAUAAUUUAUGAUGAAUCUUCCAUAGUCUCGUUGACGCGUUAGUGGUGAUAAAACGUUAAAGUGUUCGAUAUUCAGGCAUAUAUGCCUCUGACUGUGAAAUGUGGACUUUUAGACGGAUGUGGUCCGUCGUUCAGUCGCGAUGUUCCUAUCGACUGCAAGGAGAGUUGGUAGACUAGUGAGUCUAAGCUGCUGCAGUGCUGCGAGGCGCGGCCAGUCCCGCCCGCGCUCGACUCACUCGCUCGUUCGGUCCAUUACGUGAAGUGAUUACACGUAUCUUAGCGUUUUCGCUGUGAUUAAAGUUAAUUUUGUUUUCGCUUUGUAAAUAUGAGGUGAACGAAAGCUAUCUUGAGCAUUUAAUUACUGUACACUCAGAAAAAAAUGUAAAAAAAAUAUAAAUUCUUUUUUCUACUCCUCUACUUUAAUCUGGCAUUUAAAUAACCAAAAAGUCUAAUAUAAGUACAUACAUAAUUAAACUCUUUGAAAAAGUGUACGCUCUAUGGCCUAUAAAAGCAUUGUUUACAAAGUGUAACUGUACUAUAAUGUCGCCAAAAAAGCAUUGUUGUUGUUUUUUUUUUUUGACCUGGAAACUGGCACCUUUACUUUGUUUGGUGCCAUAGAUAUACUAUAAAAAAAAAGUAUACAUUUGCCGCCAUUUUCCCGCGCGUUGGAAAAUAAAUUGGAAAAUUUUUGUGUUUCGUUUCAAAACACUAAAAAGUAUAAAAUAAAAAGGAAAAAUGACGUCGUCGUAGAAAAAGUAUUGUAUGCAACGUUGUAUAACUAGGUCAAAAAAUGCUCGUGGCGUCUCUUAUUGCGAUGUUCGCCAAGGCUCACAUCGCAACUCACGCCACUCGCAUUUUUUGACCCUUCUUAUACAACUGUUGCAUAAAAUACUAUAUCGGUUAGAAUCUGGUAUUUUGUUCAUUGGAGAUUUAUUAAGUUCUGGUUAUUGAGGCCUGGCGUGAAGUGAAAGUUUAUAAGUAUUGAGCGGAUAGACCUUUGUGCGGCCUGUUAUGGAGCGCGGGGCCCCGAGCAAGGCCCCCCGCCGCCCCCGCCCGCGCCUGGCCCUCUAUGUUUUGGUUUGUGAGAGACAUGUAGUAUUUUGUUUCUGUUGAUGUUUAUUGUGCUUGAGUUUCGUUAUGUAAUCACAAAUAUUUGGUAGAUUUUCUCUAACUAGCCACUCGUGUCUAAUUUUGUUAUGUAUUUUUAAGUUUUACCAUUUUAGACUGUAAAUAAAAUGAAGAUCUUUUAAGGUGUAACUGGCCAUAUUAAUAUGGAGUUCAUUUCACUUGGUGUUGUUCUUGCUGAGCUGAUAACUGUUGUGUUUUAUGAUCUUGGUCUUUUCAAACAUGUUUUACGUACAAAAAGUAUAAACUAAAACAAAAAAAGAAAAUGUUUUGAAUGAGUGACUGCUAUUUACGUGGAAUUGGUUUCAGUUUUCUUCAUACUCAUUUUACAAGAACUCGCCAAAGUGAAAUGAUAUGUGUGAGCUAAUAUGAGAAAUUAAUAUUACCUAAUAAAAUAUAUAUAUAUAUAUAUAACUUUUAACCGAAAACAUUUGUCCGUAAUUUCUGUGCUUAGUGGCCAGUAUCACAAAUAAGAUAUAACGUAAAGCAUUUACUAAUAAGAGAACAAAAUUUAUGAACUACGUUUACGCAUACAAGUACUUUAGGACAAAGUAACUCAUAAUAAAUAUGAACCUUUAUUUUUGUUUUCAAGCGAGUCAAGAGGCUAAGCACGCAAAUCGCGGAUGCAAUGUUUUUUGUAAAGUAUAACACGUGAGAAGUAACCUUCGCGUCGCCCGAGAGGUUUGACCAAAUUGCAUUAUGUAUACCUAUAUAAAGUAUGUAUUGUACAUAAACAACGCGAGUCAGUUGUAUAUCGUUAGAUACACGGUUACGAGCAACCCGCAUUUACGUAACGUGUAUAGUUUGUACUUCGCCAAUACAUUGUCAUACAUUCAAUCUAAGAACUGUUGUCUCGAUGUUCAAUACUUCUACAUUCAUCAUCAUUGACGCAAGCUAGUCGAAGAAAACUUAAAAAAAGUCCAUUUCCAUUUUACUUUUAACAUAGGUAAAUACAUACAUUCACAAACUCACGCCCGUAUCAACGCUAAGUUUUACUUUUGUCCCCCGACCAUGAAUGAAAUGAACUUCACCGCAGUCGGGUUAAAAAGAUAUUUACUUUAUAACUGAUACCCAUAAGAAUAAAAAGCUAUUUAUUGUGUUAUGUGUGCUGUAAGGCAAAUUAUAUAAAUUGAAUUCAAAUGUUCCCGAAGUGACUGUCUUCACUCUAGAUUGUGUUUACAGUUAGUAGGUUGAAAGGGUGUUCUAAAAUAAUAUAUGACUAUUCGACUUUAAACCAUAAGAAGAUAUUGAUAAGUUAUUAUGUUUCAACCAUUCUACAAUUAACAUAUUAUUUACAAUUAUUCACAACAUUUCAAUGUUGUGAUUUAAGAUUAUUGGUCACAAUACUUGUAAAUAAGGGGUUCUCUCUCUGUUUGGCAUACUUUCUAAUGUCCGAAACACACUUUGCAUAACAUACCUGGCCUAUUUCUGUUACGCUGAAUACUCAUUUCGCAGAAAUUAUUUGGCAUAUCUAUUGUGUCACAAUUUAUUUUAAAUUCAAUUUUCACUAACACGGUUUCAUUACAGACCACAAUUGGGGUGAUAAUAUGGUCGUGAGUUUAUAUUUUAUUAUUAUUAUAUACAUGCUUGUAAAUUAUUUGUCCUAAACGCCACUUGCAGACAUGUAAUUCGUUAAAAAAAUAAGUCUGGAAAAAAAAUGAUUAUGAAGAAAUAAGUUAAAUGCAAUACACUACUCCAAGUGUAAAAAAUAUACAAGAAGAUUAUUCUGUAUGCGUAUGUGGUAUGCGACUUGUAAGUAUGCUAAAUGGGUUUUGAGGGUUUUUAUGUUAAAACUUAUUUCGGUCAGAUGUGAGCGCGUGAGUAUGCAAAACAAUAUUCUGCCAAAAAAGUGUAUGCCAAAAAAGGGUGAACCGUAAAUAAGACAUACUUUAUUUUCAUGUUAUUCGGUGAAUGUUACGACAUUAUUACAUUUGUUUGUUGAGAUUGAUAUCAAAAUACUGAAGGGACAUUCAUAUCAAAGGUAUAGAAAUAUUAUUUUAUUAUUUCUUUUCCUUGUAAAAUAUGUAAAUAGUUGUGCAAAAAAUUAUUGGGAUUUUUUAUUGUUCUUAGUGCAUAUUAGACGUUGUAGAUGAGAGAUCUCUGGGUUUGAUGUUGUGACAAUAUGCGGCGCGCGGCAUCCGUCGCCUCGCCUGCUCGUACCACGAUAUGUGUGUUGUUCUGUCUAGGCGGACUCUUGAAUAGCUGGCCUGUUCCGCUGGGCGCGCUGUCUCCGAGGUGGGAGGUGUCUGAUAUCAUGGACUAAGGUCUUGUAUUUCCUGUGCACUGUGGUGGCCAUUCUCCACCUCAGCCUGUCAAGAAGUCAGGUCCUGCGAUCGCACAGCGCGGGAGCUCGUCCUCCGCUGUGGUGUAACUUGCGCACUAACUGACAAUCUUUAAUGCUAUAUCUUAACGUAUAUUUUUCUUUUUACUUUUACAAAAUUCGCCUUGAGAUCUAAUAAUUACUUGAGAGUAAAGUAUGGAUGAGCUAAAAUGUAUUUUUUGAGCUAAAAAUAAUUGUAAUUAUUUUGUUUAGACAUUGGAGUGAUACUGCUUAUAUAAGAAGGCUAUUUGGCGAAGUGUAAAUGUAUAAAUAAAUUAAUGCUGAAAUAUAAGUUUAUACAACUGUCUCAUUAUCUGAUUGAAUGAAGAAUCCAUAUUUCAGUUAACAUUCUAAAAUUAUUGCAUUGUGUAAUGAAAGCAACUGUGGCGUACACUAAAUUUAAUUGCAAAUAUAUCAAAGUGAAUUCAGGGAAUGAGACAAUUGUCCUGUAUCAUAAUAUGUAUCAAUAUGAGAAAUUAUUUAUCUGCUUACUUCUAACUAUCUAUGUUUUUACUUUGUUCCUGGUGUAAAUCGGUUACCAAUUCCAAUCAUUUCCUAUACUAUUAAGUUAUUUCAGUUCAUAGUUUAUUCAAGUAUUCCUAUAGAUCCUGUACUCAAGUAAAUAACAUGAUAUAUUUUUUAAAACUUAUCGGCUUUUUACUUGGAACAAAGUAAAAACGUAAUGUCGAUUUUAACUGUAAAAGAUUUGUUUAUAAACAAUAUUGUAACCAACUGCAAUUUACAGUUAUGUACUUUUUCACUGUUUCCGUUUUCUUAAUAAAAAUGUUGAAAAUUUA